AUGAGUCUAAAUGAGACUAUCGUUAGGGCAUUCCCUACUUGCGAGGCGUUGCAUCGAAACCUGGGUGCAUCGAAAAAUGAGCAAGGGCUGGCACCGGCGUGCCUCCAUACUCUUGCUCUACAUCGAACCCUGGAUGUAGUGAUAAAUGAGCAAGGGCAUGCUAGGGUGUUCCCCGUAAGCAACGAGCCGCAUUGGCGUCCGGAUGUGGUGAGAAAUGGGCAAGGGUUCCCCCGCUUUGGACGGUCGAGGGUAAAGAAGCUAGUCCAUAAUCAUAAUCAUAGGAUUAGGAUAGGCACGUGGAACAUAGGGUCGCUUACAGGGAGAUUAACUGAAUUAGUUGACACCAUGACUAGACGUAUAGUAAUAGAUAGCGAACUAAAAGACAAUGUUGUGGAGAUAAAACAAACAAGCGAUAUGAUCUUAUUAGCCAAACUAUUGCUAGGGGAGGAGAUAGUUAAUGUCAUUAGUGCUUACACCCCACAAAUAGGGUUAGAUGAAAACAUUAAGAAACAAUUUUGGGAGAACCUUGAUGCGAUUAUCCAGGGCAUUCCAAUUAGAGAGAAAAUAUUCCUAGGAGGAGACCUGAAUGGACAUAUAGGGAGAGAUAGUGAAAACUUUGAUAGUGUGCACGGGGGGUAUGGGUUUGGGGAUAGAAAUGAGGUUGGAUAA